AAAACGAAACUCCAGGACGCAGAAAUGACGGGAGACUGCGCCUGCGCCGUCGUAAGCCACGUGGUCGCCCCCCCAUGAAAACAAGUUUGAGCACGCAGGCGCAGUGCCGCCCCGGGGGGGGGAAGCCGUUGCCGUGGCUACCGCGCAACUCCGCCUUGGCCUGUGGCUCUUCCCUCGCUCUGACGCCGUAAAAUCGAUGCCCGCGGCUUCUGGGAUGGGACGCCCCGUUUUCAACUGCCGUCUCCCGGCCGGAGUUUGCGGCCGGCCUUGACCGCGUUCAGGCAGGCAGGCAGGCAGGCAGGCAUGCUGCACCCCAGCGGGUUCGUGAGGCCGGGAGAAGCGACUCGGUGUCGGCCAAUGCCGCGACGCCCGUCGUCGUCGUCGUCGUGACUCGAAGUCCUCCUCCCCGUCCGCCUCCUCGACCCGGAGGAUGAAGAAGGUGAAGAAAAUCCUGGGGCUGGGGAGGAAGAAGAACGGGCGGCAGUCUCCGUUGCGGAGCCGCGUCGUGGCUUGCGCCUCAGCCCCGGGCGCUCUCCUCAGCAGCGGCGGCGACGGCUACGCCUCGCAGAACAAGGAGCUGAGUAAGCUGCACCGGGCGGCGGCCGAAGGAGACCUCGGGGAACUCCGGCACCUUCUGCAGAAACACGACCUCAACGAACAGGACCAAGCUGGCAGAACACCUUUGCAUUUUGCCUGUGCUAAUGGAUAUAUAGACAUUGUUACUUUCUUGGUGGACAACAAAUGCCAACUAGAUAACUGUGAUAAAGAGAAGAGAUCUCCAUUAAUGAAGGCGGUGGAAUGCCAGCAAGAAUUCUGUGCAAUUUAUCUGCUUGAACAUGGAGCAGAUCCUAAUCUGAGGGACAUAGACAACAACACUGCCCUCCACUUUGCUGCCUGUAAUUCUAAUGUAUCUCUAGCAAAAUAUCUGCUUGAAAAGAAAGCUGACAUUGAAGCACAAAAUAAGGAUGGAUGCACACCGUUAAUUGUUGCUGUGGCUGAAAAUAAUCGAGAAAUGGUAGAGUUUCUUCUUCAACAAAAAGCAUCUGUGCACGCCACAGAUAAAUUGGGAAGAAUUCCACUAUUGAUUGCUGCUUCUAAUAAAAAACGUGACUUAACACAUGUUCUCCUCCUUCAUGGAUCGAAUGUUGCCCAUAGAGAUAAAAGUGGAUGGUCAGCAAAAGAUUAUGCUAUGAUUAGUGAUGAUUCUAUCCUUAAGCAGUAUGUUGCUAAAUAUUCCAACUACAAAAAUAGAGAAGAGGGCUCAUUGGAUGGUCAAAAAGUUCUGUCUAUAUUAAGCAGUCCAGAAAAAGAUGGAGAUACUGGUAUUAUACUUGGUGCUCCUGCUAAAAAUAAAGAAGUUUUUGAUAACCUCUCUUCUGGAGAUUCUAUCAGCAAUUCUGAAAAAACAGAUGAUGAUAGCUGGCUUUCUUCAGAAGAGGAGGAACUAGGCUCCAGCCCCAAGAAACCAGAAAAACCAAGUUUGGCUCGGCUAAUGAAAGUUCCAUGGGACUUCUUGAAAAAAUUAGAUGAGAAAGAUUGCACUAUCCGAACAGAACCCUUAGGCAGUUCACAGCAAAAUAAAGCAAAUUAUGAUUUUGAAGAAUGCAAUGAAUCCCUUCCUAAGCCUUUGUUCCAAGUCAAAACCUUCCCUCAUUCUGUCCAUUCCUCACCUGGCUCCUUUUCCAAAUGUUCCCAGAGAACAUUGCAUUCUAAACAGGAGAAACCUUCAAAAGAUGAAGAAGGUGGUGAACAGGAUUUUGCCAAUAAAAAAAGUAUUGUUUGUAGACAGUCUUCGAAUAUCUCACCAAAAGCUAAAUCAGCUUUGGGCGAGGACAAAGAUGAAGAGAAGUAUACAGAAUCUCCAUGGGAUUCAGAAUGCACAUCAGAAAGCCCCAGGAAGCCAACUAUUAGUUCUUUGCCUACAUCUCCUGCCAAAACUGGAAUACACAUGCACAGUAUUAUACAAGAACCAUUUAAUGGAAAAGCAAGUUUGCAGCAAAAGAUCACAAAAGAAAACUUGGUGUGUGAAUCUCCUGCUCCUGUUUUAAAGAAGGCAAUCAUAGAAAAGCAAAAAUCAGAUUUAAUGGAAGAACUUGGUUUGGAUGAAGCAGAUGAUAUUGAAGAUCCAUCUGACUGGGAUUCUACCAGUAUUUCUCUUAAAAGCACUCCAUGUGUUAAACCAGCUGACACCUUUAUGUUGGAAGAUAAUAUAUCUCCACAACAAUUACUAGAAACAAAUGUUACACCUGAAAUCUCCAUGCCUGUGAAGGAAGACUCAGAUACUCAAAACAUAAUGUCUUCAAAAGGGCAGCAAUAUAUUGAACACAAAACCAUAAAAGAAUUUAAAAGUAAAAGCAAGGAAAAAUGCCUGUUAAACAUAUCCAGCUCUGUAGAAAAAUCAACACAUGAAAAACAGACUGACAAGACUGAAAUUGAGUAUGCUGAUAAUGAAAAUGUAACUGAAGCACUCAUGCAUAGCAAAGAAGCACAUAAUGACUGCAAUCAUUUUGAUUCAAUACACUGGGAAGAAAAAUAUGAAAAAAUGUGGGUUGCAAAUGAAAAAAAGGAAGUCAAGGCAAAUUUUAAGAGUAUUACAGCAGAACUAAAACAGAUGUUUGGUGAAAUUAAGGUUUAUGAGAAAAUGAGUAGCAUUCCAAGCAAAGUAACAUCACAGGAUGGCUUCUGCGGUGCAGUAGAAGGCAUAAAAGAAACAUCGCUUCAUCUACAAAACAUAAAAGUGGAUAUUCAAGGGAAGGAUGACAUUAAAGAUAUAAGAUCUGUUGUUGCAGAAAGAGAAUUAAAUACUGAUGACUGGAACAAGAACCCACUGUCUAAUAAUGCAAAUGGAACAAAAGUAAACAUCAGUGAAGAAAGGAGUAACAAUUCAAUUAUACAACUGAAAGCAAAUGUAGGUGGAACUAGAGCUGCAGAAAAAUGCCUUGAAUAUUCAUUGCAAAGUCAUGGAGACAUUACCAAAGAUACAGUUCUUAAAACUAUAGAUGCUAAUCAACCAAUUACCCCCAACAACUUAUAUAAAUAUAUUAGUGUUACAAAAAAUCCAAGUGAAGAAACUGAAUACCAUUUUAAUAACAGUAUCAAUAGUUCCAAAGGUACUGAUACUGACAUUGGAAAUAAAAUGAAAAAUCAUAAACAAGUAUGUCCUCAAAUAUCCAAAAAAGACCUGGAUGAAGAAUUAGAAGGUGAUGUUGCAAGAUUUAAAAAUCAGGUAGGAAUACUGCAUUCGGCUUUCCUCGCUUUGGAGAAAGAAAAGAACCAACUGCAAAAAGAGAUUGAAGAGGAAAAAAUAAAAAAGGAAUUGGAAUCUGAAGGAAAAAAAUUUGCUAAUACUGAAAUGUUGGCUGUGAAUAAUGAUGAGAAGAUAGAGCAAAAACAUUCAAUAAGUGAAAUCCAGCAUAUUACAAUAAAAAGUGUUUUCCCAGAAGAUAAAAAGGAAAUGAUUUGUCCAGGUUUAAAAACUACAAGAAAAAGUGAAAAUAAAAGACGGACUUCUAAACAGAAGGUCAGUCAACAGUUUUGUAAUAAUCUACAUGAGCCACAAGAUGAGAGCAGUUUGAGUGAAGCAUCACUUGAAGAAAGAUAUCCAGCCAAAUCUGUGAAUAGAAAAAAUAAGCUUUAUAGAACAUUGAGUAUUACUAAUGAUCUGGAUGACUUAACUCCAUCUUCAGAUUCAACUACAGAGGAUAUUGAGUCACUUUCUUCCAUUUACAAGGAAGCUAUAGUGCUGAUAGAAGAACUUAGUUUAGACUGUAAAGCAGAUUCUGUAAAUCUCUUGAAAGUUCAGAAUAUAUUUCAUGGAUAUGAACGACUAAUUGAACAUGAGAAGGGGCGUUAUACUCAAUUGCUUGAAAAAGUAAAAAAAAUUGAAAAUCAGAGAAAUGAAUGGCAAAAAAAUCUGGAAGACUUGAAAGAUAUGAAAUCUAUAUUGGAUCAUCAAAAAGUACAAUAUGAAAGUGAAAUCACCAAUCUGAAAUUUUGUCUGAAACAAGAGGAAGAAAAAAGAAUGGGAGCUGAUAUACUACAUGAGAAAAAUCAAGAACAGUUAAGGAAGAAAGAUGAGCAGUACUGUACGCAGAUGGAAGAAAAACAACAGCUUGAAUUGAUGUUGAGAAGCAAAGAAAUGGAGUUAAAAACACUAACAAACCAUCUGAAACAGGUUGAAGAAGAACGUAAUGAAACACAGAGACAACUUUGUCAAGAACAAAAUGCCAGAGCCAUACAAGAAGAUAUUUUAAAUACCCACUUCUGGAGGCAGAAGGAAUUGGAAGAAGAAUCAAAAAAAGUAGCAACCAAACAGUCAGAGAUGAUUGAUAACCAUGACCAUGAAAAAGAAUUCUCACACAAAAAUCAAAUACUCCAAGAUGAACUUGCUGUAUUAAAAUUAGAACUUGAUCGCAUCAGGAUUCAGCAUCAGGAGGUUGAAAGCAAAUAUUUGGAAGAAAAUGAAAGUUUGAAAGAAAAAAAUGAAGAACUUAAAAAAGAACUGAAACUAAAUGAAGAUGCUUUGACUCAAACAGUUUUUCAAUAUAAUGGACAAAUAAAUGUAUCAAAAACUGAGGUUGCAAUGGUAGCAUCCAAAUUGGAACAUUUCAAGGAAAAUAAAGAAAGAUUGGAAAUAGAACUUGAUUCACUACGCUCUCAUUUGAAUUCUGCUCUUCAGGAACUUGAUCGUUGUCAGGUAUCAAAAAGUGACCUUGAACGAUUGCUUCAGCGAGAGAGGGAAGAAUGGCUCCGCUUAAAAGACAAAUUGAACCACGAUGUGUGUACUGUACGAGAAACAAACAAUGGCUUGUCUCAACAGUUAGGGAAAGCUGAAAAUAAAGCUAAUAGUCUAGAAAAUGAGCUUCACCAUGCAACUCUCAGUCUCCGGGAAAAGAACUUGCUGUUAGAUAGUAUUCAAAGAGAUCUAAACCAGUCACAGUGCCAAGUGAAAGAACUUGAAAAUGCACAACAAGUUGCAAAGGAUCAAAUAAGCAAAUAUGUAAUAAAACAGGAAUCUAUGCAAGAACGCUUAGGACAGGUCCAAAGUGAAAAUCUCUUACUUCGACAACAGCUUGAAGAUUUUCAGAACAAGGGCAUUAUCAAAGAAAAAGCAGUGACUGAUGUUCAAGAUAAAUUCAGUGAUAUUUUUAAUAAGCUCAGAGCUGAUACUGAAAAGCAAGUUCAGAUGAUGGAAGAGAGAAAUAAAGAAUUAAUCACAAAAUGUAAUAAUUUAAAGGACCAAGUCAUUAAAUAUGAAUCUGAGAAAAUAGACAGAGAGAGUACAAUAAGGCAAUUGCAGCAAGAACUUGCAGAUUCCCUCAAAAAGCAAUCCAUGACAGAAGCUUCAUUGGAAGUUUCAACACGUUAUCGUAUUGACUUAGAGGAGGAUAAACAGCAACUCCUGAAGGAAAUAGAAAGGAUAAAAUGUAAGUUGCAAGAUUCAGAAGUUCAGACUAUCCAGUGUGAAAGAUCUACUCAUGAAUUAAGACAUGCUUUGGACAUUAAGGAACGUGAAGCAAGUGCAGCAUCUCAGAAACUACAGGAUCUUCUAGUAGCAUCAUCAGGAACAAAUAAUGCUAUAAAACAAUUAGAAGAGCACAUACAGAGACUUGAAAUAGAAAAUGCCAGAUUGGAAGCUACAACAAACCAGCAAAGUAAUAGAAUUGAGAUACUUCAAAAAGACCUACAGGAUAGUGUUUCUGUUCAUAAUCGUCUUGAGGAAUUGAUAACCAGCUUACAGACAGCAAAAAUCAGUCUAGAGGAACAACUAAACCACCAGGUUCAGAAGGAAAGUAUGCUUUCAGUAACUGCACAAGAUGCUCAGAAUUUGUGGGAAGAAGAACUGAAAUUAAAAUCAAAACUUGGGGUUCGCCUUUCUGAGGUUGAUAAGGAAAGGACAGAACUAAUAUCUCAGUUUGAGAAUGAAAAGAAAAAAGUAAAGAAGGUCCUAGAAUUAAAACGAUCAGUGGAAAUGCGACUAGAUCAAGAAAUGAAAAGGAACAGUGAAUUACAAAAAGAAUAUCAUGGUAUAAAAAAGCUUCUAAAAAUAACCAAAAAGAAGUUAAAAGGUUAUGAGAGUGGAGAAAGUUCAUCUCAAAUAAGCUUACAUGGAGAAAUAAAGAAUAAAUAUUCAGAAAUCGACAAUGAAGUUGGAAAACUAAGAAAAAGGGUUGAUGAACUUUCUCGCCAUUUGGAGGUUGAGUCAACAAGAAGUACCCAGCUGGAAUCUGCCAAUUGUGAACUGCGUGAACAAUUAGCAUCUAUGAAGAUACUCCAUAAGAAUCAUGAAAAAUUAGAAAAAAGCAAAUUGCAACUAGAAGAAGAAGUAGUUAAUCUCAAACGCCAAGUACAGGGUAACUUAAUAGAUCUUAGCCAAGUGGAACAAUACAAGAGAGACGUUGAAGAACGAGCUAAACAAGAGAUAAGACAAAAACUGGAAGAAGUCAAUUUCUUUUUGCAGACACAGGCUGCUUCUCAAGAAACCUUGGAACAGAUAAGAGCUACCAGUAAUGCUUCUUUGAGAAAUCAAUUAGAGAACAGAAUUAAAGAAUUAGAAUCAGAGUUGGCCACAUUUAAAAACAACCAGCAAGAUAGCAUAUUACAAAAAGAAUCUACCCAUACAGAAUUGGAAAGAUAUAAAGGAUUGUAUUCAGAAGAAAUAAAAAUUCGGAAAUCUUUGGGGAACAAAUUGGAUCGAGCUAAUGCGAAAUUAGCAGAAGCCAACACUCAACUCUAUCACGAGCGUCACAAAAACAAGUCUUUACUUGCCAACGGCUUUAUAAGUGGAAGCCUUUCUUCAAGUCCUGUCCUGGAAACAGUUCAGAUGGGAAAUCUUGGCAACACUUUAGCAUUAAAUAAAUCUUUUAACCUUGGAGGAGGAUUCCUGAACACAAAUGGAGCUGCAUUAGCCUCAAAAAACAGAGUGGAAGCUUACUUAGCAAAGAGACCUGUAAAGAGAGACAGAGAAGGUAAAGAAAAACUAGACAUGAGUGAGGAAGAAACUGGAAGUGGAAGGAGGCAGAAUGAGAAUAAGGCAUGUAAAGAGGGAGAAAGAAAGCAAGUAGAUGCAGAUGGAAUUAGAAAAAAGUAUCACAAAAGAACUGGACCAAGCUAAAGCUGAGCUUGAUGCUGGAUCUGUUAGAAUCUCCCCUGUAGGAUCAGUUGAUGGAUCUUCAAAAACAUCAAACAUAGACCAGGAUCAAGUUUCCAAGGCAAGACAGCAGUAUCUAGAUGUUUUAAAGAAAAACUAUAUGAUUUGAAUAAAGUCUGCAAACUUGUA